AUGUCUGAACAUAUUAACGCUGAAGAAACUCGUGAAGUAGAGAUAGAACGCAACUAUUUGGAAACUUAUUGGCUAGAAGUGGUUGAGGAAUGCGAGUUGAGACAAAAUCUUUUAGAAUAUAAAGCUAAAAAAGAACGUCUCCUCCAGACUCUUUCCAACUUUAAUAACAUAAUACAAGUAACAGGUGCUAAGCUUGCUGAGCUUAUGAAUAAAUACAUUAAUCAUAAAGAAACAGAUCUGAUGGAUAAUGAUUCUGAAUCACAGCAAGAAAUUUUAUAUGAUCAUAAUGAAUUUGAUUUAGAGAUCCCGAUUUCUGAUGGUCCCGAUGAACAAUUUAAUACUGAGGAAUUUUCACAGGAUGCACUAGUUGAUACCAAUGGCAAUGAUCAGGAAUACCAUAAUUAUGAUGAUAGCAAUGAUAAUGUCUAUCUGCGCCGUCACCGUCGUCGAGGUUGUAUUGAUUAUAGCUAUCAUCCUCGUUCAAAUCGAACAAUUCGAUAUCGUGACUACAAUCGCGAGCUCAAUAAUGAUGAAGUAUUAACCGACGUUGAUAAUAGCGCUAUACAGGAUUCAGGUAACCAUAUCCUUGACGAUUACAAUCACGAAUCCAACAACCAUCAUGAAGAUAUGGACAAUGAAGAGGAAUUGAUCGUAGAAGAGGAGGAAUCAGUGACUACCGAAGAGAUGGAUAUUAGUGAUGACAAUCAAUUAACUCAAAGCUUAGCUCUUACUCGUAAAAUCCAAGGUAUAUUACGAGAAUUAAUCACACCCGUAUCUACUGAAGAGGAGAGCGAUAGUGAAGAACAUGAAGAUGGGCUAAUUCCUGUCGAAAUUGAACAAUCUUCGGAAAACUUAGCACGAUUAUAUCAAAAAGCCAAUCGUGCUGAAAAGUAUGCAAGGCAUGCGUGGUCUUUGAAGGUAUUUUGGAAAGGAGAUAUAAGAAAUGGAACCUUUCUCACUCAAAAUUGCUUGAAGAUUCAAAAAGCCAAAAUAAUAAUAGCUCAGAUUCAAAGGAUGAGUCAACAACAACGACCAAGCGAACUCAAGUCUCCAACACAAUUAGCAUCGUUAGCGAACCUUGAUCUUCCUUUUCAAUCGUUACCCUAUGGACAAUUGCUUACAUCUUAUAAUGGAAGAACGAGAUCAAAAACAGAUGAUGGGACGGCACCAUCACCACCUUAUAACUUGAACCCUAGUUCUCCUCCAUUACCAGGCAUCCCAAAUAAUCUACCUCAAUAUCAAAUUUUCCAUGCUGCCCACAUCACGAGAAUCAAGUUAUUUUCCAAAUUCUCCACCUUCUUAUCCGUUCCAUCUGCUCGUAGUAGUGCUAUCAAAGUUAUGAUGGGAAAUGAUGAUGAAUAUCCUGUUCCACCGUUGCAACGUGCAUCUGUUGGACUUACUCCAGUUUUGCAACAAACCUCAGCACCUAGUUCAAACCGUUUACGAUCUGCAAGUAAUUCAAAUAUACAUGAGAUUCAAGAAGAUCAAUGGGAAAAUAUGGAACCUUUUCCUGAUCUUCUUAAUGACAAUAUAGCAAUGAGUAACGGGGUUCAAUCGGAAUCACAUCUGCGACACAGCGGAUUAAUUACUUCAUCACAGACAUCUAAUACAAAUGGUAUUAACACUAAUGUUCCGAUUUCGAAUAGUGCUUUAUCAUCACCUACCAAUGGAUUAGAAAAAGGUAAUCAAUAUUCGAAGUAUAGCCACACAACAAUGAAAAUUCAAGUAAAUUAUGCUGAAGACAUUUUUGUGAUCGUUGUUCCUAAAGAAAUUGAAUAUAAAGAAUUAUGUGAUCGUUAUCAAGAUGAAGAUGGAGAUCACAUUACAAUUAAUUCAGUUGAAGUUGUUUUAAUGGCAUUUGAAGUAAGGUUAGCUGUUGGAAGGAAUUUUGUUAACCUUUAUGUUAGCUAA